UCUCAUAAUCUCGAAAAUGGCCCUGCGCGCCGAUCUCCACAUAUAAGGCUCCGACGACGAGAGGCAGGAAGGGCUAAAGCCGUCGUCUCUGCGUCGAGGUUCCUGCGCGCUUCUUUCUCUUCCUCUCAGAAGACCUCCGUUCGUCAAUCUUGUGUUCCCCGCUCCCCCCCUCUGUCUCUCACAGACAUACAAACGCACAGGAGAGAAGUCUCCACCCUGAAUUUCUCUUUUAGUUUGAUGAUAUUCGACGUCUGAUCGAUGGAAAGGAUCGUAGGAGAGAAAUACAAGCUAGGGCGGAAGAUCGGCAGCGGUUCCUUCGGCGAGAUUUAUCUCUCCGCGCAUAUCGAGACAAAUGAAGUCGUGGCUGUGAAGCUCGAAAAUGGCAAGACAAAGCACCCGCAGCUGCUUUACGAAGCCAAGCUUUAUAAAAUUCUCCAGGGUGGAAGUGGCAUUGCUAACAUCAGGUGGAGUGGCGUGGAUGGGGAGGAUAACGUCCUCGUACUUGAUUUGCUGGGGCCAAGUCUAGAGGAUCUAUUCGUAUACUGUGGAAGAAAAUUUUCAUUGAAGACUGUCUUGAUGUUGGCAGAUCAAAUGAUAACUAGGAUAGAAUAUAUGCACUCAAAAGGGUUCCUGCAUAGAGACAUUAAGCCUGAUAACUUCCUCAUGGGCCUUGGUAAGAAAGCAAACCAGGUCUAUAUCAUUGAUUUUGGACUUGCAAAGCGAUAUCGAGAUUCUGCUAGCAACCGCCACAUUCCUUAUAGAGAGAACAAAAAUCUUACUGGUACUGCAAGAUAUGCAAGUUGCAAUACUCACAUAGGAAUUGAGCAAAGUCGGCGGGACGAUUUGGAGUCUCUGGGUUACGUUCUUCUAUAUUUCUUAAGGGGAAGCCUUCCUUGGCAGGGAUUGAGGGCUGCUACGAAAAAGCAAAAGUAUGACAAAAUAUGUGAGAAGAAGGUUUCAACACCUAUUGAAGUUUUGUGUAAGUCUUACCCAGUGGAAUUUGCUUCAUACUUACACUACUGUCAUUCUUUAACAUUUGAUCAACGACCAGAUUAUGGGUUCUUGAAGCGUCUUUUCCGGGACUUGUUUACACGUGAAGGUUAUGAGUUUGAUUAUGUAUUUGAUUGGACCAUCCUAAAAUAUCAACAAGCACAAAGGACAAAGACUCAUCACCGUUCUUCUCCAGUCUCUGGUGGGACUAAUGGUCGUGCCAUGCCACUAGAUCCUGGCAGACAUCGUGGUGGCAAUGAUAUUUCUCAUUUAGCUCAGGUUUCAAAAGGUGUUGCAGAUGGUAAUAUUGCUCAGACUGAUGUACAGAUGCAGUAUAAUCCAGCAGCUGACAAGAGAUGGGCUGAUGUUCGUAGCCACCACGAGGAAGCUAGAGUUGGAGCUCUAGUUGAUAGGAUGCAGAUGCCAUCAACAUCAUUUGUCCCGCCAAGUACUUUCAGGAGAAAUGUCAUUACUGGAAAACUGAUGGGGCCAAGUGAGGGUGCCUAUGGUGGCAAUGUUGGCCCAUCAAAUGCCUGGUUGUCCUCAUUACCUUACAAUCCUCCAAAAAGAAUGGAAUAAUAGUUGAAGGAGGUAAUCCCUUUCACCAGUCCAGUAUUUAAGGCUGUGAAAGUGCGUGAGACCUAGGCUCAUCAUGUGGAGAACUGCAUACAUACUGUAUUUUUUAAGGGUUAUUUUACUCUGCAUCUUCAUCCCCGAGUUCAUCAGGUCCUGAAUGGAACAAACCAAUGCCGUUGAUCAGGUGCUGGGAUACUUUUCCCUAUCUUGGGCAUCCACCAGGUUCUGAUGCUGCAUUCGUCAAGGGAAACAUUGGUCAAUAGAAGAAAAUAACUACGGCCUGAUUUGUGAAUGUCAAAUGGAUUCAAGAUCAUAUCCCAUUCAUGGAAAAUCGCGAUGGUUGAAAGUGAUCAAAAGUUGUUUAUGAGAAGAAUAGGAUAUGGAAAGUUUAGGUACGUCCUUCAUUGAGAUACCCGGCAUAUUUUGGACGCUUAAAUCAGAGUGGUCGGGUACUUUUGCGUGGAGCUUAGUUCGCUCUCUUGUUCUCAUUUGAGUGCUGUGAAGAAAAACAAUGGAUCAAUUUCUAGAAGAAGAGAAAGUAUAGGCUGCAUUAUGAAGGUCGUUGAUAGAUUUGAAGGCGUGCGGUUAUUUGCAUUUUGGAGGCUUAUCAUUGGAUUAUAUACAUGAUAAAUCUUAUGACCGUUUGAGAAGAAGUUUCUUGUCGUGAAGAGGUUAAUCAUUAAAAGAUGUAGUCAUGUUUCCCUUAUUAAAGCUUUUCUGCAUGAAUUGGACAUGGGAAGCAGAAAUUAUGGAAGUAAAAUGCUCGUCCUGAAUGCUUGCACCUGAUUGCGACACUUGAAGUAGAAUUUCUGUCAAAAGUUGGAUCCACGCCAACCCAUCAAUGUGUUUGGAUAUGUAUCUGACUGGAAUCCAGGAAGCAUCUGUGGAGCUACUUUCCAGACUACAGAGAAGGGUAGGCUGAUCGAGUUCUAGUAAGAUUUCUUGAAGCUUUUUGAGGUAAGAUAUCUGGACUUUUUGCUCCAUCUUGUUUCUCAUCUUUUUGACUUGAUUGCUCAUAAAUUUUUUAUGAGAACUGUGUAAAGUUUCAAUGAGUGAUUUGAUUCGUCGAUCGUUUAGCAAAUAUUUCCACGUGAAAGCCGAUCAAGUAAUUCUGAAAAUAUUUCCAGUCGAUCAUCAGCCAUCAUCAGUAACUCAUCCCAACAUUUCUGGGAUAUUUGGUAAUGGUGUCCUACUCUUUAGGAUCCUCUUGGGCAUGGCAAUCUUUUUAUUUUCCUAGAUCUGCUACAAUCUCCUCAGGUGCAGAUAGGUAUGGUAGGGGUAGUAGAUUAUGACCACUGGAGAAACAUGACAACUUGUAUUGGGAUAAACUAGUUGAUAUCUCAUGAUCUUCCGUAGCAGGGUGGCAGGUAACUUGUCUCCUUUUCAUGUAGGAAUGUAUAAGUCGUCCAAAGAGAUUAUUUGGACCGUUCACAGUGAUUUCAUGAGCUAUGUGGUUGGAACUUAGAAGUACGUGCCCAGGCGGUGCUUUUCAACAAACGGGACAAAAUAAGAGGAGAAAGGAUCAAAGUAAGGGUUUUGAAAAGACUUCAGGUUGGUCGGAACUCUUAAGAAGACGGAAAGGGGGUUGGAUUAAAAUUUGGAAAAAAUGUUUGGAUCGCGUAGUGCAUCCAUCUAGGCGUUUAGGAUAUUGUACGGGGAGCCAUGAUCCUUUUAUGACUGCGAAGUUCUUGAAGUAACUCGUACUUUGGAUUCCCAUAUUCGUGGCCGGUUGUCUGAUCCGUUUCGAUAUUCACAGAAAUGAUUAGCCUACGGCAAGCCACAGAAAUUAUAUUCAAUAGUUCAUCGGUGGUAGUUUCUGUUUGAGCCCUGCUGGGCAAUCCUUGCUUCAUUUAUGGUCCCCUUGUGAUGGUUACUACGUAGAUGGUCGUUUAGGUUUGUUAAGCCAGCCAGCCAUUUCAUAUCCGUUUUUUAUAUUUCAGCCUGUUCAUUGUAAGUAUCAUGGUUAAUGUUGAUGUUUGAAGGGAGGUUGUUCAAUUAUGAAUUACCGUGCGAGUCCUAAUCUGGGGGCAUAGAAGCAUGGUAAUUAUGAAUUUCUUUUUAGUCCAAGAAUUUGUGGAAAAUUUACGGUGAUCUCGUUGAUUACCUUCAUGCAACAUAAAAAUAGUGAAGUACAUUGCAGUAAAUUUUACCUUAUCUUUGACUUGGUUGUAGAGAAGGUGCUAAAAACUUUUAGUUUUGCCUUCUCAAAAUCUAAUAACCAGCGGAACUUGGACUAGAUUGUUAGCACUUGGACAAGCAAGUGAUAUCAGAUAGUACUCUUUCAAUUGCAUGCUAAAUCAAAUACAAGUUGGGUAAUUCUGAGGCUCGGUUGGGCUCGGUAUUGUUCGUAACUAGAUUAACUGGAUUCGAUUUUUCGACGUGGGAUUCAACCAAGUUGAAAGAACAACCAAGAUAUAAACGCGAACGCUGGCAGGCUUCUCUGUUACCUACUCGUGAUCCAAGCUGAGAAUGUAUGCCUGCGGGCGGAUGAAAGGUACAGGAGUAGCUUCCCCUAGGUUGUGCUGAAAGGGCAGCCGGAAAAUUGUAAUAUUUUGCCUAAAAAUCUGGUUCUUCAGAAAGCUUUUGCGCGGGGUUGUUUAACAUCUCAUAUUCUGGCAAGCGUCUUUAAACUUUCUGGUGAACUUUGAAACGGCUCUUCUAGUUAUGGCCACCCUGAGGGUUGGUCUGAUUACCUUGGGUCUAAGAUCUGAAGUAAUUUAGGAUUUUGAGACUUUAAAUUUCUGAAACUAAGCUGUGUUUCUGAUUUCAUUUUCUCUUCUUCGAUUAUAUGAAUACCUGUCUAUUUGUCCUUUCAUUCGUUUCUCUCUCACAGAUUGACAUGCUCUAUCAGUACAAAGACGGAGAAAUGUGUGAGUUACAUUCGUUAUAGUUCAUGCAUAGGAUGCUCUCUCUCUCUCUCUCUCUCUGUGUGUGUGUGUGUGUGUGUGUGAAAAUUCAGGUGACUAACGUUCAUCUAUAUACAGUUUGCCACCACUUAGUGGGUACAAAGUGCUUGAAUUCUCUAAUCUGCUGGGGGAUACCUGCGUAGGACGCCAUCUAAUAGCCUAGGGCGUUAUUGAAUAGUGCAUCAGUACCUUCGGCGUCAAGAAAAUGGAUGCCUGUGGUAUGUCAUUCAUGGCUUUGCAGCUCAUCUUUGUUGGCAGUCUGCAGAGACAGCGGGCAUGGUUUAGCUAUGAAGGUCACGUGAUCAUGGCCUGCAACAAUCACAAGUUUGCUCUCUGCAUGUGCCUGGGAGAUGUUACUUCUCAUUUCAAAAGGCAUUUGUUGGAGCUGAUGCCCCCUGUGUUGUUGCCGCUGCUCUUGUUGCCGUGGUCUUCCCAUGGUUUCUUGCUCCAGUAUGCCCACUCGUCGCUGUUCCGUUGCCUCGUCUCUGUAUUGGCAGAAGCCAUAGAUGAUGUAUAGGAGAGCCCUCAGGCCCACGAUGAUGCAAACGAGUACUACAGCCAACUUGACAUAAUCUUUCAUGGAGUGAGCAUGGCACUCUAAAAUCGCCCUUGGGCACGCCAUUGCCUGUUAUUGUUGCAGCAGACCUUAAAAGUUUGCUGUCUAGAUUCGUUGCUUCAGGCAGUCGCUAGCUAGAUUACAAGUAAUCUAGGGAAGGCUUGCUUUGGAUCAUGCUUUCUCGCUGGUAUCGGGUGGGGUGUUCCUUAUUAAGUUUGGCAUAUACUUCUCUCUCUCCCUCUCUGUUUUACAUGUUAAUAUACAUAUAUAUAGGAUUGGCUUAAUGGAUAUCAAUUUGUGAAUUGGCA